AUGAGAGUUAAUAUUUUAAAAUACGUUCUUUUUUCAAUUGUUAUUUGUUCUUUUGAAUAUUCCAAAAAUGAACUAUACUUUGUAAACGAGAGAGACAUAUACCUUGAAAGGAAUAUAACAAAUUUUAGGAAUAAUAGGAUAUUAGCAGAUGUAGAUAACCAAUUUGAUUUAAAUGAAUUUUAUCAAUCAACUUUGAGUCUUGCAAGUCAACUUAGUGAUUGUAUUGAAGGUAACAAAGAAAUAGCACACCUUCAAAGUAUUAUAGAUUUACAUAUAAAGAAGCAUAAAGAAAGUAACACAUCACUUGAUUUAAAAAAUGUAGAUAGUAAGACAAAACAAUUAAUUAAUGAACUUCGAAAAGAAUUAGAAGAAGUAAAAAAACAGAUUGCUAAUAAAAUGAAUGGUGAAUUAGCAAUACAUCCGAUACAUGAUAAAAAAAUAGUAAAAAAAGAUGAAAAUAGUUUUGUAUCAGAAUGUAAAGACUUUAAACAAUUGGAAAAUAAUGGAAAUAAUGAAAAUAUAUCAAAUGAUCGUAAUAUGAAAUCAAAAUUGAUUAAAAAAUAUAGAAGAGAAGCAACCAAACUCAUUUUGUCAUGUUUGGCAGUUAUAGCAGUUGCUUUUUCGGUAUCAGUAGGAGGGCUGUACUUAAUGAUACUAUAUAUACCGACUAUUUUUUCCAUAUAUUUUUUCCUUUGGAGAGUUAAUAAAUAUUCCAAUAAAUUAAAAAUAUAA